CCAUGCCUCCCUGGCUGCUGGACUCUGACCAGCCUCUGCUCUGACUCUCUCUCAGGAACCAGGACUGGCUGCACUCAUCAGACCAGCUCUCAGCACACACACUUUUCACAGCUUUCCUUCUACUUUUGAUUCGGAGAAAACGAUUACUAAACGCACCUAGCACGUGUUUUUCGUCGGCUCACGGAUUUUUCAGGAGCAAACGGAGUUUUUUUCGCUUUUGGGCGGCUGUGAAGGCGCACCGGAGGCCUUUAUUUCAACCAGAAGGCCAGCACACUGACACCGAUGAAAACACCAAGCUGAUUGGAUCCUCCGAGGGACUGAGUGUCAGUGAUGGGUCGGAAGCUGGAUCUGUCGGGACUAACCGACAGCGAGGCGGAGCAUGUGCUGCAGGUGGUGCAGAGAGACAUGAGACUCCGCAAGAAGGAGGAGGAGAGACUCAGUGAACUGAAGCAGGAGCUGGACGAGGAGGGCAGUCGCUGCCUCCUGCUGUCACGGCAGAGUUGCUUCAACCAGCGCUGCUGCAUCCGCUGCUGCUCGCCCUUCACCUUCCUGCUCAACCCCAAACGCCAGUGCAGGGACUGCCACUACAACGUCUGCAAGGCCUGCCGGGUUUACAACAAGCAGGACAAAGCCUGGCUCUGCUCCGCCUGCCAGAAGAGCAGGUUGUUGAAGACACAGUCGUUGGAGUGGUUCUACACCAAUGUGAAGAAACGCUUCAAGAGAUUUGGCAGCGCCAAAGUGCUGAAGACUCUCUACAGGAAGCACCUGGCAGAGCACAGUGCGCUUUCAGAGCUUACUGAGGGCAGCGCCUACGAGGAGAGCAUCUGCAAUGAGGGCAGCGUCUGUGGCAGCGACUCGACUUUCUACAGACAAACUGAAGAGCACAGCAUGGCAGAGACGCUCACUGUGGCCAUGCGGGUGGCAGAGGAGGCCAUAGAUGAGGCCAUUUCCAAGGCUGAGUUCGACACUUCGAGUCAGGAGAAGCAGAAUGAGGCACACUAUCUGCGGGAGCACAGAGGAGAGCUCAUUGAGGAACUGGCCAAAACUAUCGUGCAAAAAAUUAUUAGCAGGAGGAAGACUCUGGCUGAGAUGAGAGCAGAAUAUGACCAGGACUUGCCCCUGGAACGUAACACUGACCUUCAUCAUCAUCAUCAGCCUGCCUGUGAUCAGACCUCCAGCUCCCUGAAACACCGGCCGAGCCUCUGGAGGUCUCACUCUGCCUUCUCACUGCUGGACAACGACCCUCCCAGUCUGGUACAAGACUCGUCACAGGCGCUGAAGAAGGAAGGUGGAGGGUCGACGAUGACCACUUGGAAGAGUGUAGACCGGUUGGACAACGCUGGUGUGUCCUCAGUGCUGAAGAGCGUAGAUGGGAACUGGAUCGCCCUGCAGAGCGCCCAGCUGUCUCGUCCCAGCCUGCUCACCAAAAGGAAGAGUCAGGUCUAUAGUGCCUUGGAGAGGGAGUCUGGAGUUGUGUCCGCCUACGAAGGUCUGGGCUCUGACAACGAAACCAAGCCGGAGCCUGACAGCACCUGGGGUGCCGUCCUCCAGAAGAUCCACAGGAAGAUGACAGACUCUAACUUCAACCUGCACGACAGCGGUGACAGAAGCCCGUCGUCGCCGAUGGGCCGCCGAGGCAGCAGAAACGAUGUGCUUUCAGACUCUGAGGGAAAACGGAAGCCUAAUAAACCUCUGCUGGCUCUUUUAAAGCGGAAGAUGCCUGCAGAGAUCAGGAGACCUUCAUCAUCCCAGAGGACGAGCAUCAUUGAUGUCAACUUUAAUGUGGAAGUGGCAGGAGGAGCAGAACAGGAGGAAGAGGAGGUGAUUAAAGUGGCUGCAGAACCAGAGACUGGAAAAGUCCGAAGGAGGAAGAGGAGGACCAGAAAAGAGCCAGCAGCUGCUUCUAAUGUGUCGGAUUUAAACAAAAAUGACAACCACACUCUCUGCUCUGAUGAUGCCAGGACCCCUGACACUCUGACCUCCGGAUCCACGACCCCUGAACCUUCAGAGCAUGAAGGUGACCUCACUGCAACUCAGAUGGAUGAGGGGAUCAUGUUAAAUCCCCAAAAGCCCGCCGGCCGAGUUUCUGGCUCCUCCACUAGAGAAGAAGAGCUCGAUGAAGUGAGUGAUACUGGUAACGGUGUAGAGAUGGAGCAAAGCAAGGACAGACAUGAAGAAGACGAGAGCUUGUGGAAGAUGGAGGUUGAGUUGGAUAGAGGAAGAACGGAAGAUGAGGAAGAGAAUGAAACAGAUGAUGAAGAGGUGAAAUACAGAUUGUACAGGCUUGUUGCACAGUCCAGACUCGCAUACUUCUCGUCUACUGAUGAUGAGCUGGACAAGGCAGGCCAGAGUGAAGGAGAAUGGGACAAAGAUGAAGAUAUGGAGGAGGAAGACGAAAAGGCUGAAAGACUCACUUAUAAACUCUGUCAGUUGGAAAAAGAAGUCAGAGCCGCACAGUUCUCGUCCACAGAGGACGAGCUGGACAGAAUUGGCAUCGAAGAGAGGGAAAAUGGAGAGGAAGAGGAGGAUGGGAGGAAUGAGGAACUGGCAGUGAAAGUGUGCAGAUUGACUAAUCAAGUCAACGCUACCCAGUUUUCAUCCACAGAGGAUGAAUUAGACAGAGCAGGCAAAGCCGAAGACGAGAUAGACGAAGUGACGCUGUGGAAACUGCAGGCAGAACAAACUGUUCAGGCAGCUAAACUGCGCGAUUUAGCAAGUUUAGUCAGCGCCUCUCAGUUUUCCUCCACUGAAGAUGAGCUCGAUAGAGUUGGAGAGGGCAAGGGAGAGAUAGAGCAGGAGGUGGAUGACAGAGGAAUGGAGAGCAGAAGUGAAGGAGGACUGGAGAGGAGAGAAUCCUUUGGAGAUAUAGAUGUGAACAUGUUCGAUUUGUGGGAUGAAAUUGAGGAGAGAAAAAAAGAGAGCAGUGAUGAAGAAGUAGCAAGGGAGAAUGUUUUCGACAGCGAGACAAAGACUGAGGAUGUUGAACAUGAUGAAUCUGAGGAGAAUAAACUUUGCAAUGAGGUGAGUGUAACAGAGGAUAAAAAAAUAGCAAGGGGGCACUCAAAUGACGGACAAAUUUUUCAAGGAGAUGAGGCUGGGAAAGAAAAAGCGAAAGAAGAAGAAACUGAAUCAAAAACAGGAGUGGAAGUGGAGAGAAUGACGAGGAUGAUAGAUUUACAUGAGGCAAAGGUUCAGCAAGAGAAUCAGCCAGAGGCAAAGAGGACAGAUGACGAGAAAGGAGAUGAAAAGUAUGAGAAAGACAGCAAAAAGAGCGUGGGGAGACGGGAAACAGCAGCAGACAGCGAUGAAGAAGACGCAGAAUUUAGCAGAAUCAUCAGCAGCAUGCUGAUGAUGACUUUGGAGGACAUGCAGGUAGAAAGUGUAAAAGAUAACGCUGGAGAAAACAGAGGGAGACACAGAGAGCAUAAGAUGGGAAGAGAGAGUGGAUGCAGAGAAAAGGCUUCAGAAGAGACAGAAGGUGUCUCAAAGGAGCUUCAGAGUUUCAGUGAGAAGUCAGAGUCAGUGGUGCAAAAAAGACCAGGGGAGUAUGUAAGUGAGGAAACUGAAAGACAUAUCUCAGGAAAACAGAGCACAGACGUUACAGGCAGAACUGAAAAUGUGCAGGAAGACAGACAGAUGAGUUUGCUGAAAGAAAAACCAGCAGUCGUGAUAAUAAAAGACACGUUUGAGACAAAUGAGGCUGAGUUGACAAGUAGAAGAACUGAAGUAGAUGAUGAGGACAAACAGGAUGGAAGAGCAGAGUGGCAGUUAAUGGAGACACAGGGAGACACCAGAGACCGUCAGAAGAAAGAUCUGGAUGGAAGAGUUGAGGAAACCAAGGAUGACGUGGAGCUGAGCAGCACUUCUUGUCUUCAGAGCGGUUUGCUGACGCCAGAGGAGAUUCACAACGGUAGUGACACGGAGCUUUACAAGACUAUAGAGUUUAUAUCAACUCUGCUGGAGCAGAGAUACUCGGCGGUGUCUCUGCGCAGCAUCACCACUGAGGUGCUGAAGGUGCUGAACGCCACUGAGGAGCUGCUGCAGGGAGUGGAGGGAGGAGACAACGGCCGACUGUCCGCCAGCUCGCUGCCCCCCGACACCAACCCCAGCAAACUGGACCAACAGUUCUCCAGACUGGAGGAAAACGUGUACGUGGCGGCUGGUUCAGUGUACAGUCUAGAGGCGGAACUCAGCGACCUGGAGGAAUGUGCCCGGGGAAUCUGCAGUUCCACAUCCGAUAUGGAACUGUCCUUCCUGGAGGAGCAGGUGGCAGCCGCAGCUGCCAAAGUUCAACAAUCUGAGCUGCAGAUAUCCGACAUCUCAGCAAGAAUAGCGGCUUUAAGGAGUGCAGGCCUCAAUGUGGACGCACAGUCACGCUUCACGAAGACGAAAACUCUUCCAGUUAUGCCCGUUACUCUGGACUCCUCAAAACAGAUAAGAAGGCGGCUACCUGCACCACCAGUGAAAGAAGACAAGGAAACCUGAGCCAGAACCUUCUUCAGUACCUCCAGCACAGCAGUGCCUUGACCCCCGUCACUCUGCAGCCGGCAGAUCAGUCUUAAACUAUCCAUUCACACACCUUUGCCUUAAUAUAGUUUUCAACUAAACAUGCCUCAAAUAAUCUGGGACACUAUCACUGUAUGUAUAUUUGAAGUUGUAUGCCCCAGAUAAUGCAGGAAAUUGUUGUUUCUUGUGUCGUCCCGUCAGAAAAGUAUUGUAGAUUAAAGUGGUGAAAUAAGUGCAGUACACACACCAGUGUACAAUAAAAUCCAAUGUUUUAAUUAGAAUAUGUUUAUAGACUUCACUUUUAACACUGCUGUUCAUUUUAAAGACAUAUUUUGUUUUUUUUUGCAGUGGGGUUGUGUGAGGUACUUACCCAGACAGUGAGUGUUUUACCUUCGGUACAGCUAGGUACUACCUCUUUUUGAAGCAGCAGAGAAAUGCUCUGAAUGGGAUCAGCAGCAAAAUAUAUUUAUACCACAGCCCUUUCCUUUGGCAUUACAUUUUAUUAACUCGAGAACUGCUGUAUUCCUACGCUUAGGCACACCAGUGCAAUGCAUUGUAUUACACUGCUGAAACUGUGAGUGACACGGCUGAUCCACAGUGAAGGAUACAAGAGGCGGCAUUGAUUCAUUUAUGUGUGGAAAUGUGGAAGUUCUAAUAAGAUGCAAACUGUGAAAAUAUUCCAAACAUAUGAGCAAUAUUCGAAUCUCAAAAAUAAUAUUUGGAUACCACUGUAACCACCGACUAUUCGGAUAUUGGUGUCCAGCCCUUGUCGUAGCUUCCUUCCAUUCUCUCUCAAACAGUCUGCCCCUGUCCAAACACUGCUGUCCUCAGAGGAGUGUCCACUCUCAUUUAGAUGCAGAAGCACUGCUGAGUGUUUUCCUGAGGAGCUGGCUUUCCUGUGUUGUGCUGUGCUUUUAGAGCUAUUGUUUCGUCUCCCGCUUUACAUAGGCCUGUGCUCAUUGCUUUGGACUGCAUAUAGAACACUGCUCAGCCUAUGUUUGGGUGUUUUCCCCUUAGGGUGAGCCAGUUUGUGUCUGAGAGCAAAUCCUGUGUUUGGAAUGCACCAAGAUGUUAAGAGAAAAUCCUGAGGAAUGAAAAUGUUGUUGUGCCUUUUCCAUUUGAUGUUUUUUUCUGAGUCUCUCAGCUGAUUUAAUGAAGACCCAGUUGGGACAACCACAGGGUGGCAGCUUCUGAUUUCCCUCUGUCCUGGUAGGGACAUUCUCAGCCCGGCGCUGUAAGGUUCUGAUACCACCCAGCUUAUGUUCUGGUGGGUGGUGGGAGUCAAAUGGCAGCUUUUCUUCUGUGUGUAGGUUCUGGGUCUUCAUUGAGUCAGCUAAGAGACCUGAAAAAAAACACCAAAUAGAGAAGAAACAGGCAGAACAACAUUGUCAGCCUGUAUAUAGCUGGUGUGUCCGAGAAACUUGAAAGGAUUUUUUCAAAACAUCAUCCCAGUGCAGAUAAAACACCUCAACAUGAGCUGAGCAACAGUGUAUACACAGUCCAAUACAGCGAGCAUUUCACAGGCCUACAUAAGGGGAGAGACCAAACAACAGGUCUAACAGCACAUAUGGCACAACACAGGAGAGCAACGUCCUCAGAACAAGACUCAGCAGUCUACCUGCAUCUAAAGGAUAAGGGACACUCCUUCGAGCACAGCAACAUUUGCAUUCUAGACAGAUGGUUUCUGAGAGGAGUGAAGGAAGGAAUCUAUGCUAAACUAGAAUAACCUUCCGAACCUCUACAUUUUUGGGGGGGCUGACGUGAAUUUUAGCUAUGACCAAUUCUUUAGUUUCGGCUGAUACAUUUGGUCGUCCAGAACGGGCUUUGUCCAUGACACUGCCCGUUUCUUUCAACUUUUUAACCAUCUUUGCCAUCGUGGAAAAGCCUCCUUGGAUGAUAUGCAUUAAAUUCAUCUGCUAUCUUUCAAUAUGUCAAUCAAUAUUUAUUUUUGUCACUGUCCAAUAUGGUCAGCCACUAUAGGUUGCCACAGAUUGUAGAGUUACAAAAGGUAGGCCUUCCUCCUGGUUAACACACAGAUAAUUAUAAUCCAACAGAAUGUACACGACCAGUCGAAUGUUUGGACACACCUUCUCAUUCAAUUCUUUUUAUUUAUUUGUAUUAUUUUCUACAUUGUAGAUUAAUACUGAAGAUUACCACUUUUUUUGUUUACAUAAUUCCAUAUGUAUGCUUUUAUAGUUUGGAUGUCUUUAGUAUUAAUCUACAAUGUAUUAAAUAAUUAAAUAAAAACCAUUAAAUGAGGAGGUGUGUCCAAACUUCUGAUUGGUAAUGUAUAUUACUCUGAAAUGAACCAUUUUGCACAAGGAAUACUUAUACUUUUUAAUCAAAUACUUUUACUCGUAACACCAUAUUUCUAUCCAGUGCAAUUGCUACUUUUGCUGAAGUACAAGAUCUGAGUACUUCCACUACUGACUGAAAGCAAGAGACUACUGAGGCAUUGAGAUGACUGUUGAAAUGGACCAAUCAGAGAGGAGGGGUUAUUAACCGCUGUCCUUGCCUCCAAAGUCUCAAAAGUUUACUAGACAUGUGAGCGAGUAUUGAGCAGCUGUGGGCGUGUAUAGUCAGUUGAGCUCUUUCUUGUCACAGCCUCAUGCUUGCAGGACUACAUCUGUGCAUGCGGCGCUAAAAUGCUCAAAUGCAUGGAUGGUUUUCUGUUCGCGAAUACUGUGCCUGGUUUUCAUGUAUACAGGUUUAGAGACGAAUUCAAUGGCAUAAAAUGGAAGGCAAUAAUCAACACCUGCAACUCGGACCACUCAGAGAGAGCGAGGAAGUUUCUUGCAUAAGAUGCGUAAUGUCUUCAAGUCCAGCUAACUUUUUCUGAAGCACUGACAAUAUACAAAAACAUGACCGUGGCCAAGUACCUCAUACAACCACACUUUAACCCUCCUGUUGUCUUCAUUUAUGGGCACCAAAAAUAUUGUUUCAAAAAUCCAAAAAUUCAGCAAAAAAAAAAAAUCCUCAAAUUUCAGAAAAUUUGCAAAACCUUCAGGAAAAAAUUCCAAUAAUUCAUUAAAAGCUUACCUGAAAAAGCUUUAUUUAAAAUUUGGCAAGACAAUUCUUGUAAAUAUUUUCAAACAAAAAAAAGAUUAAAAAUCUCUAAAAAAAAAGUCAGAAAAAUAUCUUAAAGUGAUUAUAUAUCAGUAAAACUUCAUGUAUCCUUUUAAAGAACAUUCAGAAAAAAAUCAACCAAAAUCCAGCGAAAUUCGCUGGAUUUUGGUUGAUUUUUUUCUGAAUGUUCUUCAAUAGACAUUUUUUUCUUUAUUCCACCCAAAAAAAAAUUAAAAAUUUCCCAAAAAUGUGGUCAUCAGUACCCUAGCCGCGCUAGACCCAUGCUCUGAAGACGCAAGGGUCUAGGCACGCUCGACAGGGAGGGAGGCGGGCUAAAAGGUUGUCUAUCAACUCACUCUGCAGCAAUUGGGUAGGUAUACAACCAAUCAGCGCAACGAAUAGGCUGACGUAGUUCCUAGGGCGCGGGAAAUCAGAGGAUACGGUAGUUCGGUGAAGCCUUAUUUAUACAGUCAAUGGGUGAAGCUCAAGUAUAUUUCAGACAUGUUAACAGAAAGAUUAUUCAGAGUCGGUGCUAAUGGGGCUCAACGACUGUUGUCGUUUUUGUUGUUGACCCUGGCAGAGAAUUAAAUUUGUUGCCGUGGUUUGUCUAGCGCGGCUAGGCUAGUUGUUUCCGGUUGUUUCUAUCAGAAUCGUCGUGCCUCUGUCGUCACUUAGUUACGCCCGCCUUCUGACUCUACACUUCAUGGUGAUUGGUCCGGCCAGUUUUAGGAGCAUCCAACCUCGAGCCUUAUGGAGGGUAACUAGACCCACCCUGGCAGAGAAUUAAAUUCGUUGCCGUGGGUUGUCUAGCGCGGCUAGGCUAGGUCAUCAGAAGUUUCACUGUGAAAUUUUAAUUUUUUUCCCCCCUACAUUUUCAAAGUUUAAAACAGGUCAAUUUGACCCGCAGGACAACACGAGGGUUAAAGAAAAGAAACUAUUCCUUUAAGUCGUUAAAAAAAACAGAUAGUGUACAAUAAGUCAAAAGACAGAAACUAUCAGCAGUAGAUGCAGUUACUGGAUGAAACCUGUGAUUUACAUUGUUUGUACCAGAUAUCCAAUAUACACAUGACAUACAUGGGAACAUCUAUAGCAUGAUAGAAAAAUGUUGUGAUACUAUAUCAUGUACAAAAUUAAUAUAAAAUAAAAGUAAUUAUGGAUAAUGUAUAACUGUACUUUUCCAAGGUUGUGUAUGUUGUAGUGUACAUAUUUGUACAGCAAAGCAAUCAGUAAAUGUCUUCUGCCUUUAUUAUAAUUACACAGAAAAUAAAGAAAACUCUACAUUAAAAAACA